CCUAUCCCGUUAACUCUACGAGCUUACAUAUAAUAUUUAUAAAAUAUAUAUUGUCAUCAGACAAAUUCAAGGAAUUUCGGUUCCAUUUAUUUUCGAAAAAAGUUUUUCGUUCCCCAUCCCUUCAACGCUACCGCUAUAAGAACCCUUAUUUUUUUCACACAGGCAGUCGCUCCCUCUAAUUAUUGACUCCCCUAAACUUUGUUGAGAUAUCCCGACUCUUGCGAUCCGGCCCUUUUAUUGCUCUAAUAUUUUUAUUCCAUCGCAGUCGCGCCACCGUCUACACGCUGUGACUACGGAUUCUAUUUGAAAUAAAAACCUUUGCGGAGUGAAGCCUAAGUUGUCAACGGUUUCGCCUUACUGUUUCUCAUUUCUCUAAGAAGUUCAAAGCGCCCUAAAUUAUGGUUAUUACGAUUCUAAGUUGAGAUUUUAUAAGUGAGACUGGUGAAUGUGUCGUUGGUGUUGAUUAUCGGACGAGCAAGGAAUCGAGCGGCGCAUGGUCGCGUGAGUGCAGCCUUUGCGGUGGAUGUGCACACCGCUGCCGUCCUGGUGGUUCGUGCCGGCUGGAAUGCCAGCUGCUCUUGACCUAACUAGGUACAAGAGCGGGGUGCGCUCAGUGAGGGGCGGGGGCGGCGGGGCCGGCGCGGGCGCGGGGGGCGGCGGCCUCAAGGCGCUGCCGAAGCGCGCCCGCACUCGCUGCAGGGGAAUGAACAUGGGCCAAAAGCUGUCCGGCGGAGUGAAGUCGGUGUCGCGCGAGUGCACGGCGCCAUUCAAAGCAGUGGUGGCGCGCGAACUAGCGCCAGAGCCGCCGCGGCCCGCGCGCCUUGACGCGCUGCUGGACGCGCCGCCCGCGCAUCCCGACCUGCAGCACAAGCACGCAUGGAAUCCAGAAGACAGAUCUCUGAACAUCUUCGUGAAGGAGGAGGACGCGUUGACGUUCCACCGGCACCCGGUGGCGCAGAGCACGGACUGCAUCAGAGGCCGCGUGGGGUACUCGCGAGGGCUGCACUGCUGGGAGGUGGUGUGGCCGGCUCGCCAGCGCGGCACACACGCCGUCGUCGGAGUCGCCACCGCACACGCGCCGUUGCACUCCGUCGGCUACCAGAGCCUCGUCGGCGCCACCGACCAGAGCUGGGGCUGGGACUUGGGAAGAAAUAAGGUGUAUCACAAUGCGAAGGGCACGGGCGGCAGCGGCACCACGUACCCGGGCCUGUUGCGACCCGAUGAGCAGUUCCUGGUGCCCGACCGGCUGCUCGUAGUGCUAGACAUGGAUGAGGGCACGCUCGCCUUCUGCGCCGACGGCCGCUACCUCGGCGUGGCGGCGCGCGGCCUGCGCGGCAAGACGCUCUACCCCAUCGUCUCCGCCGUCUGGGGCCACGCCGAGAUCACUAUGAAAUACAUCGGCGGACUCGAUCCCGAGCCAUUGCCACUAAUGGAGCUGUGCCGGCGAGUGAUACGACAGCGCGUGGGGCGCAGCCGACUGCGCGCGGCCGCCUCCCGCCUCGCGCUGCCGCCCGCGCUCACCGCCUACCUGCUGUACCGCGCGCCCUAG